AUGUCUUCAAUUGCAAUUUUAGGAUGUGGAAACGUUGGAUUUUUUCUAGCAGCACAUUUAAUUCAUAAUAAUCAUCAUGCAAUAGGAAAUCCAUUAAAUAAUAAUAAAAUACUAUUAGUUGGAGGACAAAGAUUAUUCGACGAUUUAAAUAAUUCAAAAAAACUUUUAUUAACAUUAAAUAAUCAAUUUGGUGAAAAUGAAGACGAUGAAAUUAUUGUGCCAAGAAAUCAAAUUGAUUAUACAACCAAUCUUAAAGAUUUAAUUAAUUUUCAACCAGAUUAUAUCUUGGUAACUUUGAAAAGUAAUAAGUUGAAAGAAGUUUUUCGAGAAUUAAAGGAAUUAAAUGGCAGUAAAACUGUGAUUGUAACAAUUCAAAAUGGAAUUCAUAAUGCCGACACAAUUCAACAAUUACUCCCAAACAUUAAAAUAAUUAGUGGUGUCAACUACUACAAUAUUCAAUACAAUCAAGAUUGCCAUUUCACUAGAAAAGGCUCCUAUAAUGACGGGUUGAUAAUUCUUGAAGAAAAACCAGAAACAAAACAAAUCAUGGAAAUUUUCAAGCAAUCCGAACUAACUGUCAAGACUACAACGCAGAUAAAAAAUGUACAAUAUGGUAAACUUUUGUUAAGUUUAUCAAAUUCUAUCAUAGCAUUGAGUGGUUUGACACAUGAAGAAUAUAUGAAUUCAAAAUCAUUUCGAAAGAUUCAAGCAUAUUGUCAAUGGGAAACAAUUGAACUAUUCAACCAUUAUGGGAUUUCACCAAUCACAUUUAAUUAUUCAUUACCUCCGAAAUCUGUUCCUUAUUUAUUGGUAGCUCCUGACUGGCUAGUCCAACCAAUUAAAAACAACAAUAAUUUCAUAAUAAGGACAGAAGAAUUCAAUAUGUCACAAGAUUUCACGCUGGGCAAAAUGACUGAAAUUAAUGAAUUACAAGGUGAAAUUAUUAAAAUGAGCAAAAUGAAAAUAAUAGAAGGUGGCAUUGACAAAGUCCCAUAUAAUCAUGGAAUUUAUAAAUUGGUUAAAGAAGUUGAAAAGAAAAUCAAUAGUAGUGAUUGUAAAAGAUGGACUCAUGGAUUUAGUGCCGAGGAAAUAUUAAAAUAUAUCAAUAAUGGCGAAUUGCCAGAGAUCUUGAAAAUAAAUUAA